AUGCUGCAGAGCCCGGCUCGCCCCCGGCCCGGGCCGCCGCCCCCCCAGACCCCGUUCCCUAUCGAAGCUCUGCUCGCCCGGGAGGCGCCGCGCCGCUGCCCCGCCGCCCCCGGGAGCCCCGGGAGCCCCGGGCCGGCCCCGCGCUGGCCCUCGCCGGGAGCCUCAGCCCGGCCCGGCCCGGCGGCAGCGGCAGCGGGGCUGGGAGCGCUGCCCGGAGCCUGGGCCUGGCCCUGGGCCUGGCCCGGUGCAGGUCUGGAGCUGUCUCACUGCAUCGGGACCAACUCUCUGGGUCCCACUGGGCCUUGGAGGUCGGGGGGGCCCUGCAAGAUGAAGAGAGUCCGCACAGUCUUCAAACCAGAGCAGCUGGAGCGGCUGGAGCAGGAGUUCCUCAAGCAGCAGUACAUGGUGGGCACUGAGAGGGUGGACCUGGCUGCAACUCUGCACCUCACAGAGACCCAGGUGAAAGUGUGGUUCCAGAACCGGAGGAUCAAGUGGAGGAAGCAGAGCAUGGAGCAGAAGGCAGCAAAGCUGUCGCAGUUUGGGGUGAUCCAGCCCGCGAGCGCCGACUCCACGGCCAGCAAGGACCAUGAGGAGGACCCUGUGGACGUGGAGCUCUGA